GUCUAGCCUAGUUGUUCGGAGUGUGUGUGUGUGAAAGUGCAGUGAAAUUAUGUUAAUAUCAAGUGUUUUUAGUGAUAAUAUUAGUUUUUAAGUGAAAAUAGCGUGCAUUAAUGCAGUGGUUAUCCUAUAAUGGCUUUGGAUUUACGCUUGCACUCUCCUGUAGGCGCGGAACCCGUUGUUUAUACAUGGCCCCUCACAUCGGGUCAUGGCUCGGACAAGCACGAUGGCGCACUAGAAAUAGUAGAAACUAUAAGAUGGGUGUGCGACGACUUGCCGGAGCUGAAGGCUGCGCUGGAGAAGCACAUCUUGUGCGACUAUGACACGCACUCUUACGAGAGCAUGCGUGCUCUCUGCGACAGAUUCAACCGAGCCAUCGAUUCCGUCGUCGCAUUGGAGAAGGGAACAUCACUGCCAGCUCAACGUCUAAACAAAUAUCCUUCGCGCGGUUUGUUGAAGCACAUUCUGCAACAAACGUACAACCAGGCGGUGUCCGACCCAGAUAAACUGAAUCAGUAUGAGCCUUUUUCACCAGAGGUUUACGGCGAGACAUCGUACGAGUUGGUGUGUCAGAUGAUCGAUCAAAUAGAUAUAACAGCGGAGGAUGUGUUCGUGGACUUGGGCUCUGGGGUCGGGCAGGUCGUGCUGCAAAUGGCCGCAGCGACGCCCUGCCGAGUGUGCGUGGGUGUCGAAAAAGCCGAAGUGCCUAGCAAAUAUGCGGAGAGUAUGGAUUUGCAUUUUAGGAUGUGGAUGAGGUGGUACGGCAAGAAGUAUGGGGAGUACAAGUUGAUAAAAGGAGACUUUCUGUUGGAUGAGCACAGAGAGAAGAUAAACGCGGCGACUAUCGUGUUCGUGAACAACUUCGCGUUCGGGCCGCACGUCGACCACCAGUUAAAGGAGAGGUUCGCGGACCUGAAGGACGGCGCUAAGAUCGUCUCCUCGAAGAGCUUCUGUCCACUAAACUUCAGGAUAACCGACAGAAAUCUGAGCGAUAUCGGGACCAUCAUGCACGUCAGCGAAAUGUCGCCGCUCAAGGGUUCCGUCUCGUGGACGGGCAAACCAGUAUCUUACUAUUUACAUAUAAUAGAUAGGACCAAAUUGGAGAGAUACUUUCAAAGACUGAAAAAUCCGAAACUCAAGGGUUGCCAGAAUGGCGCGGAUGACAACGAGGGCGGCAAGCGGCACUUAAGCGCGCCGCCGACGCGUCAGCCCACGCCCGACCUGCUCAAUGGCAACAGCAACCACAGCACCGGCUCCCUGCCCGAGCGCCGCAGGAAGGUCGCCCGCCCGCGCCCCGCCGUCAGGGGAGAGAAUGGCAGGACGCGAGCGCGCGCGGCGGUGGCGAAGCGGCGGGCGGCGCGGCGCUCCAGCGACGAGAGCGACGAGGAGUCGAGCGGCACGGACGACGCGCCGCCCGGCCCCGAGCCCGCGCCGCGCGAGUGGGGCGCGCCCUGGGCCUCCGCGGACACCAACCGCAGUCGUCGCACGGGCGGCAAGCGCAGCGCGAGCGCGGGCGGGGCGAGGCGGCGCGCGGCGCGGGCCAAGCGACGCCGCGCCGCGCCCGCCGCCAUCGCCGGCCUCGACCUGCUGCACUCCACCACGCUCGCCUCCACGCUGCACAACGGCACGGUGACGGCCCCGCCGCCGGGGUGCGUGGGGCAGCGCCUGUCGGCGCUGGGCGUGCAGCUGCAGCCGGCGGAGCGCCUGCACUCGGAGCUGGAGAUCCCGCGUUCGCCGCACACGCCCUACAGCCUGCAGCUGCUGCUGGACAUGUUCCGCGACCAGUACCUCGCCUUCAUACAGCGCCUCAACACGCCCGAGUACGCCAGAGAUGUACGCAAUCAGAUCGAAAAGGAAAAGGAAAGGAAUCAAAAAUUGAAGUCACGCGCGAGUCAAUUGGACAAACAGAUCAACGUAUUGAUCAGCGACAGUGUUGCCUUGUUGAAAGCACGCAUGAGUGAACUGGGCAUACACGCCAACAACACAGUGGAUCUGUUGGCGAAGGCAAAGGAAAUCGUCGGCAGGCACAAGGAGCUGCAGAGUAAAGCGAGCAAGCUACAAGCGCAGGUGAGUAACAUUGAAGCCGAACAAGCAGUUCUCAUAAAGCAGCGAACAUUAGAAAUAACUGAAAAAUAUCGCCAAAUGGGUCACAUAGCGCCAGAAGCGGAGAUUAAUCAGACGAUUGCGCACGAUUGCAUCCUAAAAGAAAUUUCAGCGACGCUCGCGCACAGGAAGAGACUACACGCUCAAGUGGGUCAUCUACAAAACGAAAUCGUUCAGAUGGAGCGAGCGAGCGAGCAAAAAGCGGCCGCGCCGACCGUCCCCGUAGCGACGGUGAAGCCGCACACC